AGAUUAAACUUUCCAAACAGAUUAAACUCUUCCUUUUUAACACUGGUGAAGAAGAGAGCCAUUGGGAAUUUUGGAAAUAUGUUACAAAAUGCUCUAAGAGGUGUUCAAAGACUUUUUGGGUUUUGAACGUUUGCCAGGGCUUCGUCUAACAGACGUUGUUGUUCUUCGUGGCGCAGAGCGGAUCUAACGGCUGCUAGCUAACAGGCUGCACAGGUGCUGCUGAGCCACCGGCAGACAGGUGAACACAACUACACAUCUACACCCAUAGGACUGGUUGGAUAUUUGCCGAAAAAAACCCUCCUCUGGCUGAUUGCAGACUCCUAAUCCAAAAGUUGUAUUAAAUCCCAUCAUUGUUGCAUCCAGGUGAUAUUUAUUCAGCUGAUCUGUGAUCACUCAGAGAAGUGUAACCAGGGAUCUUAGACCUGAACAGCGUUUUUAAGUCUUUUCUUUGAUAGGUUUCUGUGUGUAAGUCUGCAGGAGCCUCACCAUGGUGCAGGAGAAGACAGACGGGACAAACAAAGACAUUGUCCUUCCACCAAUUCAACUGAAUAGAACUGCUUCGUCGUGGGGGUUGAAGAUCAAGAAAAAGCGGAUUGUGCCUCCCAAUCUGGGCAAGUUCAGACCAAUUGUGAACCAAUGCUGCCACCGGUGCACACCAGACAGUCUGUGCAAGAACCUUGGACAAAACUCUUCGCUUGGCUUCCGAAACCUGCUGAGUGUCAACGAGACACAAACCAGGUAUCGUGGUUGGCUGGUGCGGAGGGUCUGCUUCGCCUUGUUUGUGAGUGGGCGCAAGGUUUACGAGAGUCCUGUUAGCAACAGGCUGGAGAGACUCUGUCAGAGCAACAGGGUGAGGGAGGCGCUCACAGCAGAGCAUGAAGCAUCCGAGGGGGGAGACGGCCAAGGGCAGCUCAAACUCCUCUCACCAUACCAUGCCCUCGUUAACACCUGCAUUUCCUCUGGUUUCUUGAGAUUUGUAGGCUGGGCAGUGCUGAAGAUGUUUGCUUCCGUGUUCUACAGUAUUGAAGUUAACCUCAACCAUCUGUCGGCUUUGCACAGAGUCUCACAAGAGGGAUCUCCGCUGGUUUAUGUGUAUGUGCGUCAGAGCAUCAUGGACUAUGCUCUCAUCCCUCUCGUGCUCUUCUGUCACAACCUGAGAGUGCCAUACACUGUUUAUCCUCUGCAGAUAAACAGCUCCUCCCUAAGAUCAAUCCUGCAGAAAGUCGGUGUUAUCCUCCUGCCUCCUUCUGCACAGACUGAGCAAGAUGCUGAGAUGGACAGUUUGUACUCACCUGUCAUGACCUCUCUUGUACGUGAGCUGCUACAUGAGGGCCAGGCUAUAAGUGUCGGUGUGUCACCAGAGUCAGGCCAGGGUGGUCAGUGGCUGGCUCGCGUCAUCCAGAUCAUCAAAGAGAGAUCUGUCCCUGAUGUCCGUGUGGUCCCCGUGGGCAUCUCGUACGACUGUGUGCCCAAGACCAACAUACAGGUUGGCUUGAGAUCCGUGUUGCGGUGGAUGAUGUCCUUUCUCUGGUGGAAGCCAAAAGGAUGUGUGAGGAUCCACUUUGUCCUGCCCUUUUCUCUUAAGGAGAUGUGCGAGUCUAGGAGGUGUAGAGUAGAGGAAUGGCUCCCUCUUCAGGACCUGUUGCUUCCUGUAAUCCUCAACAACAGAACUGAAAACAUGUUUGGGAAAAGGAGGAUGUCAUGGCUCCUGCCUUCUUCUCAUUAUGCAUCUGAACUUGAAGAGCCAGGUCAUCCAGACAGAAACCUCAGCAUGGCCAUCAUCCAUCACCUCAUCUUCUCUGCAACUUCCUGCAUGGCUGUGAUGGCCACCAGUGCUGUGUCCAGCCUUCUGCUGUACAGACGACGCAAGGGCGUGAGCGUAUCUGGCCUGUGUCGUGAUGUGGAUUGGCUCAUCGACGAAGUCUUGUUGAGGAACAGAGACGUCGGCUUUGGAGGAACUUUAGCCAACGUUAUCCACUAUUCCCUCGCUCUGCUCGGCCCCCACCUCAUCAUAGCUGCUGUACCAUCCAGGAAAGACCCUUUCAUUGUGCCCCGUCCUUCCUUUGCUGCCACACUUCACCUCUUCCUCCAGGCCCAGACUGUCACACACACCUUUAUACUGGAAGCUGUUGGAGCAUGUGCGGUGUCGGCCAUGCUGUGUGAGGUGGCUUUCAGUGGUGUCAGCAGCAGGGUGAGGAGCGACGGCGUGGAGGGAGAGGAGGUCAAAGAGGACAUGGAGUUUGAUGUGGUGCUCUGCCAAUCCAACCUGACUGAGAGAGCCUUGCAGCUCUGCCAUCUCCUGCCACCAGGCUUCAUGCCACCCUGUCAGUCGUCCCAGAACUUCGCUCUGGAUGCCGUUGACAGUCUGGUACGCUGUGGCAUCCUGAUCAUAGAAGAAAUUCCCAGGGACGUUCCCAUCUGUGAUUUCUGGAAGAAGGACGGUAUUCUGACCUGGACCACCACUGACGACCCCUAUCACAGCGACUCUGACUGCGAGGAGCAGGACCUGCGCUCCUACAAGAUAAGGCAGCCAAGUCGGUGUCCUGAGAUGCUCUUCUUCCUCUGCAGUAUGCUAGCUGGACACCUGAGAGCCCUGUGCUGGACCACCAUGGGACUGGACCACAUUGACACACCUCUGGCGAAAGCUGAGUUUGUGGCUCAGAUACGCUCCCAUCUGUGUGACACAGCGAAUGAGAAGAAGCAGUACUAUGAGAGCUGCUCAGAGGAGGCGGCACACACUGCAGUUAGAACACUAAUAGACCUCGGGGUCCUUUCGGAGGAGCGCCAGGAGGAAGGCGUUCUCCUGGGUGUUGGUCCUUUGUUCCAGUUGUCAGAAAACAGGCAGAAACUGCACCGCUUCAUCUCACAGUACCUCUUCAAUUAAUGUGUUUAACUGGGAAGAAUGACUCAAGGCCUCAACACGGCUUUGUUUUGUUGCAGAGUCUGACCUCAUCCGCUGUUAGUGUCAGGAAAGCUUGUGUUCGCUGUUAAAAAAAGAUGCACGCUGAGCCAGGACGCUCGUGUUUUUAGGUUAAUUGCGUUUUUGAUUUUUCAAUGAUGAGACAUUGAUUUUAAGUUUAUCUUUAGUAAUAGCAUUAGCAUAAAGCCACAGGAGAUGAGGAUUAUGAGGUCCCUGUAAUCAGCAGCGAGGACUCAUGUCGGAUGAUGCAGCUCGGUGCAGCUUGUGCUUCCAACAUGUUUAUUUUCUAACCAAGGCUCCUCAGGUUUUGUUUGUUCCAUGUGAAAAUGUUUCCGUUGGGCUUUUGUUCAAGUUAAAUAAUGUUCAUGCUGGCAAUAAAUAAAUUCAGCACCUGCACAAGAGUAGGUUUCAUGCAGACAAACUAAAAUCCUUGACAGUAGUUUAUCAGAUAUAACUUCCACCACACGGUGCCUCAUUGUGAGUAGUUCUCCUGCUGAAUGUAGAUCAUUCUGUGCUGAGUCAGACCUCUGGAGAGUCCGUCUGUUUGACGUCGACCUUUUGACAUCAAGAUCCAGAGACAAAAUCGAUGCCUCACUUUGAUCGGGACAUAGAGCUUUUUCAGGCAGACGUUAAUAUUUUGGGCAUUUACAGCCGACUGUUUCUACAACCAACAGUCACUGCAGCUGCUUUUUUCAAAACCCCUAAAUCAAGCAGCAGUGGUUCAGCUUUCAUCGACCGUGAGCCUCCACUGCCCUCCGGUGUUGAACUGAUGAUACUGUUGAGUCCGAAAUCGAAUCUGAUGCCGGUUUGCCUUUAAAAGCAAAUAAUACUCAAAGCAGUCGGUGUACAUAUAUAUAGAAACAGAUUUUUGGGUGUGAUAUUGACGGACAUUUUCCAACAAUGCAAGUGCACACAGGAAACGGAGGGGCUCAAAGAAAUAGUUGUGAAUGGUGGUGAAACAACUUCAAAACAAAAUCAGUAAAUUGGCAUUUUAAAGUCAUUUUAAAGUCACCAGUCAACUGAUGCAAGUAUUUUACAGUGUAAAGCAGCUACUGAUUUCUUGUACACCAAAUACACACACAGUAUACUAUAUAGAGCUGCAUAACAUGCGGACGUUUGGGGAUUCAUUUUAAAAUUCUAUGUAAUAUUUUACUCAAUUUUAGCCAUUCUUUUUAACACAGGAGAAGAAGUAUUUGUCACUCCUACACACGGCAUCUCCACAACAGAAGGGACGUCAUGAAACUACCAAAUACGCACUAUAUUGAAGAUGACAAUGGGCAGAUUGAGAUUAGAAAUCACAAGUCACACAUGUGCGCUACACAGAGUUAAUUAGGUUGCUGAUGCUGCUUGUGGGAUGUCCACUCCUCCUGAAGGACUUGGUGAAGUUCGUGGACAUUCUGGAAGACGGUCACGUUGUCAGACAUGUCAGUCCAGAGCAUCAUGUGGCAGAUUGUCGGUCUUCUAAAUAGUGGAUUCAAGUCCAACUGAUAAGCCAUCAUCCAGGAGGCAAAAAGCCCAUUCUCACUUGCCUGUCAUCUGUGGUAUCGUGUCAUUUGAAAAAAGCAGCAUUUUUUUUGAGGUGGUCUUUAAUAAUUACCGGUCAGAUUAGAGUCUGUUUACUGGCCAUUCAAAGCCACAUCUGACCAGGAUGUGGAUUAGCUCCAAAAAUGAGAUUUUUUUACUUUUCCUCUCAGUCAUGAAAGACCAUUUGCAUGCUGCAUUUUAAUUUUUUGUUCCGUUUAAUUAUAAUUACUACACAAUUUAUUCUAAUUAAAGAAGAAGAAGCUGCCAGCACGGGUAAAGGGAUUCAGUUUUUUUUUUUAUGAUGCAAAUUUUCAAUAAUUUCUUUAAAAGUGUGAGUCUUAACUCAUUUCAUAUUCAAGACAGUCAUUCUGUCUGCACAAGUAGAAAAACACCACAUUAUGUGACUUUUAGAGGCAGCUGGAGCUUUUUGGUUUGGGUAUUGCAGAGAUCGCACUGCAGAUGACUCCUUAGGGACAAUAUCUGUCAGUGCAAAAUGUAAAAGGACAAAAUAAUGCAAUGCCUCAUUUUGAAUCCGAGCAUUUCACACAUUGUGAGUGGUUCAGUGGUCAAACGUGUAAUGACCAGAUUCACUCAUCACGCUACCGCAAAUUGUACAUGAGUGCAUUUGGUCCUGGGAUUUCCCUGAAGCUUUCUGUGAGUGAAAAAAUGAAGACUUCUGUGAUUUGAACAGAGAGAGAAUGAAGCAAGGAGUUGCAUGAAUCAAAGUCCAGAUCAAGGAAAUUAUUAAGAAUUUUCUCCCGGGAAAUAUAAAGGACACUUUCUGA